CCCGUCCUAUGUAUAGUGAACUCAAGAGCUCUGCAACUCCUCUUUCUCCAUUUCUCUCCUUCUCUCUCUAAACCACUUGUUUCUCUCUCUAUAUCCAUUUUCCUCCUUCAGGCCCUCGCUCCCGCCGAGGAGCGCGCCAGUUCAGAUUUUUAACUUGUAAGGAGUAGUAUCAGAGAGAAUGAACAGGUGGGUUUACGAGCAGAACGCCAUGGCUGCCUGCCAAGAGAUGAGGACGGAAUCUGUGGUCUGCCCGAAGCCACGUCGUUUGGUUCUGCAAACUCCUGAUAAUGACCCCAUCAGAGCCCAUAGAUGGCCCCUCAACCACCCAAAGACUGGAAAUUCAAAAGCAGGAGCGGAGCUUUUGGACAUGAUCCUCACUAAGGAAAGUUAUGGUGAAAAUUUUAGCCACCAAUUAGCAACAUCUCCCCCAUUCUUUUGGGGGUCUCCACCAAGCAGGGCUUCCAACCCUGUAGUCCAAGAUGAGCAAUUUGGCAAUGGCAACAAUACCUACCAACUUUGUGAAGGAGGGCCGCCAUCUCCAUCGACCCGUAAAGGAGGAUGCGCCCGAAUGAAAUUCGGGCACCGACCCGCAGCAGUCCGAAUCGAAGGAUUCGACUGUCUUGGUCGAGAUGCUAGAAAUUGCAGCAUUUCAGCUGUGGCUUAGAGACACUAGAUAACCAGAGAAGAAGAAUGUGAAGGAGGAGGGAGGGCAGGAUAAGUUUUUGAAGUGGAGGAGAUUGAGACAGGGCAAUUGAAACUGAUGUUUUUUCUUUUCUUUAGUGUGUAAAAGUUGUAUAUAGGAGGAGGGUCAAUCAAAUGCAUGAUGGGUUGUUGUUGCUGAGUCCUUGUGUUUUUUGUUGUAGUCAUUGUUCAUCAAAUCUCAAAAAAGAGAUGUCUCUGUAAUUAAUGUGACUAAUGUUAUGUUUUGGAUGAUCUAAUCUGAGAAAAUAAAGGAAGAGAAAGGCAGAUUAAGCCUUUUUCAUUGUUUUUCUU